AUGAUUGAUUCAACAGAUAAGUUUGAAUAUUCCAAAGAAAAGACACUAACAUGCAAUGGAAGCAACGAGCAUCGUGAACAAGAUGAGGUUUUACUAAAAUAUAAAAAAACUUUGGAUAUUAAUACAACAGAAAAUGAGACAAUAUCUGGUGAAACAAAAAAAUUAGAACAAUUUAAUGUAAAUAAAACAUGUAAUUCUUUAAAAAAAAGUAUUUAUACUGAAAGUAGUAACAAUGAUUCAUCUUACUUUCAAAAUAUAAAAGAAAAUUCUAAAAAAAAUGACGACAACAAUUAUAAAGAGGUUAAUAAUAUAUAUAAUAAAAAUAUAAUUGGCACAAAAUAUUAUGACCAAAGUAUAAAGGAUAGUAUUUCAGAUAAAAGUAGCAAAGAAACUAUUUGUCCUUUGGAAUAUGAUAAUAAUAAUAAUAAUGAUAGAUCAGCUAAUGUAAUAAAUUAUCAAAACAGUGAUCAAAAAAAUGGAGCAAGUGUAAAUGGGUACAAACAACUAAGUAAUAAUAAUAAUGGCAAUUGUCAUGACAAUAGUAAAAGUGUUUAUAAGGAAAAUUUAGGGUUAGAAAAGAAUGAAAUAAAAAAUAUGGAAAAGAAUAUGGAAAAAAAUAUGUGUUUUGAUUAUAGUAAUGAUAUAUAUAUAAAUGAUAAAACUAAUAAAGAAUUAAAGCAUUAUGAAGCUAACCAUGAAAAGUUAGUAUACCCUGAAAAGAAUAACCCAUUAGAUAGUAAUUGUAAUGAUAUAGAAUAUGUAAAUGACACUACAAUUGAUUAUGUUUCAUUAAAAAAUUUGUCUCAAUAUUCAAUAAAUGAAUCUUCAUUUAAAGAAAAUAACUCGAAUGAUAUAAAUAAUUAUAAAAAUUUUGAUCAUAUAAUAAAUGUAAAUGAUUCAAAUGAUGUUUGUGAUAAUAAUAAUAAGAUCAAUACAUAUAAUGACUCCAAAAAUGUGAGUCAUAAGGAAUCAGGCAGAUGGCAUAGUAACCAAAUAAAUAGCAAUAAUUAUAUUAUAGAUGAAAAUUAUUAUCAAAAUAAUAAACAAGUACAUACAAAUAAAGAACUAAAUAUUUCAAAAAAGAAAAAUGAUACUACAUUAAAGAAAAAUGGAAUAUAUGAAUAUAAGAAAUAUGAAAAAAAUAAAGUCUUAGGAGGAUAUUAUCAUAAUGAAUAUUCUGAAAUUGAUCUUAGAAAUAUGAAAUAUGAAAAUAAUAUUAAUGGUUAUAAUGAAAUAAUUAAUAAUAAUCGAAACCCUCAUUAUAUGAUGGCACCACCUCAGGUAAUAUGUAACAACAAGAAUAAUAAUAAUAAUAAGAUGAAAAAGGAAAAUAUGGUAUAUUAUGAGCCUAGGAGAAAUAUAGACAAAAUGGGAGGUAUACCAACAGACAUGAACAGUAGAAUGGUAGCUAAAAUAAAUGAGCAUAAUGAAUAUAAAGAAGUUAAUGAAAAUAUGGUAGGAUAUAAAGAUAUGCAUAGAUCAAAUAGAAACAGUAUCAAUGGUAGAGAUACAAAAAUAGAAAACUAUAGUAAUAUUAUUAAUCAAAAUUAUCAUAAUAAUUGUAAUAGUAAUUAUUAUAAUCCUAUUACUGAAAAUGAUAUUAUACACAAUGAAAUGGAUUAUAAUAAUAGUCAAGGAAAAAGAUAUUAUUUAUCUCCUAAAAAAAAUGAUGAUGCAAAAUAUUCAAAAAAUCAAAUGUUAAUGAUAUCUAAACAAAAAAUAAAAAAAAUGUGGAAUAAAUUUAAAAAUCGUUCAUCAAAAGAUCAAACUGUAGGUUCCACAGUUGACGAUGAAAAUUGUAUGUUUCCAAAUGAAGUAGAAGAUGGUAAUAUACAACAAAAAGUUCAAAUAUAUAAUGAUCAUUAUGAAUUAAAUAGUGCUUAUCACAAUAAUGGAUAUAAAGAUUGUAUUAAUAAGCCUAUUAAAUGGGUAAAAAAUAAUAAUAAUAUAGACAAACCAAUACAAUCUAAAUGUAUAUUUAAUUGGAAAAUAGCUCAAACAUCGUUACUAAAAUUAUUACAUAGUGCACAUAACUUUCAUUUUAAUAAUGUAAAAUAUUCUGAUUGGAAAUUUGUAUGUAUACCUACACUUGGAUUUUCAAAAUCAAGUAAUAGGGUUCAACAAAUGUAUAAAGCAAUUAUUCCACAAAAAGAUGGAAAUGGUAAAAAUGAUAUGAAAGUAUUUAUUAAAAAAAUUCCUAUAUAUAUAUGGAUUAAACAGUUUAAUUUAAUGACAGAAUAUGAUGGGGAAUAUGUAACAGAUGGUGAAAAUUUUGUUAUGGAAGCUGCUUCAUUAGCAUUUUUAAGUGAAUAUCAUCCUCGUAUUACUCCAAAAUUACAUAAAAUAUUAUAUGAAGUUGAUAGUAAUAAUUUAGAUGAUCCUAGUAAUCUUAUUCUACCUGAAUCUAUGUUUAGUAAUUUAACUGUAUUUAAUAAUGUAUUAGCAGAAAGGUUAAAAAAUAAUAUCAAUGGGAAUAUUGUUCUUGUUUCAGAGUUUUUCAGUGAAGAUGUUCUUGAUUUUAUUGAUAGGAGACAAAAGAAUUUUAAUAUGAAAAUUAGUAAUAAUGAAAAAAGUUAUAUUCUUUAUCAAUGUUUGAAAUUAUUAAUAAGAUUACAUGAUGCAGGUUUAUCACAUUUAGACCUAACUCCAGAAAAUAUAUUAAUAUCAGAUAGUUAUGAAAUGCGUUUGUGUGAUUUAUCAAAAAGUACACCUAUAUAUACAUAUAAUUUGAGACAUAUAAAAGAUGUCAAUCGUUUAUAUUUAUUUGAAUCAUGUGAGCCAACAAUUGCAAAGGGUGCAUAUAUGCCUCCUGAAUGUUGGAAAAUUUAUUGGAAAUAUGAUACUAUGAAAAUUAAAAAUCCAUUGAAAGAUUUAAAAUCUAUAACAGAACAAGAAAAAAGAAAACAAUUUUACUUUGACGUUGCAAAUGCUGAUAAGUUUAUGCUUGGUGUUUUUUUCUUUUGGAUAUGGACUAACGGAAAUUUAUGGAAAUGUUCCGAUCCAUUACAAGAUGAAGACUUUUUCUAUUUUGUAAAAUGUGACAUGAAUUUUGAUAAAUUUGAGUUAACUAGAAAAUGGCCAAGUGAACUCAAGAGUAUUAUUAAGGCAUUACUACACGCAGAAACACGAAGGAAGUUGAACUUAAAGGAUAUGAUCAUGCACCCUUGGUGGUCAUGUAAAUUAUAA